AUGGUCGGUCCACCCGUCAGCGUCCGCGAUCGCCUUUGUCACCAGCACGUCCCGCUGAUCUCGCCUCCGGACGAGGACGUAGUCCAGCAGGUGCCACUGGCGCGACCGAGGAUGCCUCCAGGUGGCCUUCUCUCGCUCCGGCAGACAGAAGAACGUGUUCGUCAGGAUGAGGCGGUGUUCUGCGCAGGUGCGGAGAAGCAGCAGACCAUUGUCGUUUGAGCCGCGAGACCGUGGGGACCCAGCACUCCUCUCCAGGCAGUAUGGCCUGUGCCGACGCGGGCGUUGAAGUCACCAAGGACAAUCAACUUGUCCGCCUUCGACACAGUCGCCAAGAGGGCGUGCAGGUCCUCGUAGAAUUUGUCUCUGACGGCGUCGGGGUUAGUCAUCGUCGGAGCGUAGACGCUGAUGAUGGUGGCGAAUUUGCCUCCUCACCGGAGAGGCAGGCGGAGGCUCAUCAGGCGAUCGUUGAUGCCCUGCGGCAAACACGGCAGUCGUCCCACGAUGUCGUUCCGAAUGGCGAAGGCGACACCCACGUCUCGUCGCUCUGCCCUGGGUCGACCGCUCCAGAAGAAGGUGUAGCCGGGCACCCACCUCCUCCAGUUGGCCUUGUUCGGAGAAUCGGGUCUCGCUGA